AUGAGUGAAUUAACACAACCAGAUUUACUUGAAUUAAAUGAUCCAUAUGAUAUUGAUGCUGAAUUAGAUCGUCCCGUUGACACAGCAGUCAACGAUGGCAAAUCCUCACUCUUCACGAAUUGUCAACAGUUAGCAUUUGAUGUUGUACCGCGGCUACUUAGCGAUAAAUGGUUUAAACAAUGGCAAAAACAAAAUUUGAAACGAUUACCAACGUCAACUUAUUCGUCAAUCUCUGUUACUUCAAAUACUCAUUUAUAUGUUAAAUGGAGUAAAACGCAAAACGUUGGCGCGUGGACAUGUGCCUUAAAAGACUUUGGUCUUUUAGAUCUACCCCUUAAUAUGUGUAUAUAA